CCGCCAUGCACGGCGGGCGGCCCGUUAAAAAAAAAUCCUAGAUAUCUGCAGUUGUUUUGCGUGCCUCAUCGGAUGUGGCCUGUGUCAAGUAUAAGGUUAUGUCGUUAGUGCGUGGGACGAGGUUUACCCCGUCCGCAAGGAGCCAUGCUCAAGGUCGCAGGAGAGUUUAGAUUAGAUUAAUGAGGUGGAGGUUUGCUCUCGGUGAUGAUGGAACGGUGAAGGAAAGUGAGGAAUGGAAAGACACGACAUGGAAUCAAUUAUUUUCAACAACAGUACUGGAACCUCUCGUGCAAUGAAAAUGAGUUUCUCGUGUUCCUCGCUGCAACGCUCGGCGGAUGGCCUGGAGUGUCAGGAUCACGCGAGGAUACGAGUGGAUCGACCUUACAAUAGUCUCACUAAGAAAAGGAAAGACCCGAAUCAAGAAUAUUGUCAACGGACGUGGAUUAAUCGCGAUGACUGCAAGGAUGACUUUUGGGCAGCUAUUCGCUCCAAUUAUGACUAUAUUAUGGAUACUCAUCUCAUUGACAGUUGCAAGGAAGCCAAUGGAGAGCUGAUUUGGGACGAGGGAGACGUAUCGACCCUCUCCUGGGGUCUCAAGGAGGUCAGCUGUCAAUUCUCAGAGCUCUACACUUGGUUGGGAGUUCUGCAAGAAUUGGUAUACUCCAAAGAAGAGAAUCUCUUGGAUAAGAGCCUUCGUGCUACUCACAUGGAGGAGUUGCAACGUAAGGCCUAUAGGAGAAGACUGUUCAAUGAUCAAGCAGCGAAACUUGUAGCUCGUUCACCUUCGUUGAAAGACGAAGUUGCCUGGCGAGUUGAUCAUCUCAAUGCCAAAUGGGAACUUGUUGAGCAGAUAAUGGCACCUGCACAACCGGCAUCCGAUCAGGACGUCUCAGCAGACUUCGAGCACGAAGUUAAGUGUCUGAGGAAAUGGCUCAGAGAAAUGGAGUCUAGAUUACAGCCAUUAAGUUUCCGCAUUGACUGGACAAGGUCUGAACUUGAGGAGAAAGCAACGGAGCACAUGGUCCUGCAAAAAGACAUUGAGGCACAUGGUCGUAUUGUCAGUUCCGUUGUAAAGCUGAGCGAACGUGUAGCUAAGCAACAGGAGGCUGGUGACGUUGAUCAAGAUACCGAUACAUCAAAAAAUUGGCAAAAUCGUGAAGUUGUUCAGGCAGUUAGAGUGGCAGGUUCAUUGGAGAGACGCUGGCAUCUUUUAUUUCUUCGGGCACUCGAGUGGCAGUGUCACAUUGAGACACUAGCAAGUCGCCUCUGUAAUAAGAGUGUUGGGUCCUGUCGCUGCAGUAGUGAUAGUGAUGAGGAACCGGUGAUCAAGCAACCGAGAUUGAGCCGCAGGCAUUGCCGUGAAAACGGAAGAGAAAAUACUGGACGAUCCGGGCGUAUGGGCCCAUCAAGACGAUUAACAUCGUCAAAACCUCGUAAUCGUGAACCUGGUGUUUCGUCCAGCUGUCAAUCCGACAGCGAUAUGUCCUCUGGGUAUCAUCAUAACGAAGACGAAUCAUAUUUCGAGGACGAUCUGGAGCAGCUUUGCGUGACUGAAACGAAGUGCAAGGUCUCCCGAGGGCCAGAAAAACGGGACAACACCGUACAGGGUGAUCAAGGUGAGGAAGGUGAUAUUGAAGAAGGUGAAGCCAGUGACGACGAGAUGCCACCAACACUAGAUCCAGCAAUGGCAUCAGUAUCUGGGGACGAGGUUGAUGGCACAUCAUCGAGGCACAAUUCAACGGUACCAGAUCGCAAGGACACACCAAAAAGACGUAGAACAUUUGACGAGAGUUCGAUAUUCAAUACAUCAGACAGAAAAUCCAAAAAUUGUGCCACAUUUUACUUCAAACAUCGUGACACCGAUUCAGAGGCUGAUUGUGGUACACAGGAGAGUGAAAUGCAGAAUGGAAUCGAUGAUUCCUCCGAGGAAGAGUGGACUUACACCGCAUUACCGACUGAUGAUUCUGCCACACAUGAACACGUUAAAACAAAUGUUGUUGUGCGUUUGGACUUUGGUGAGCCUGGUAAAGUCGAAAAAAGCGACCACGUUGAGUUCAAACGUGAGAAUAUCAGGAAUACAACGAUCGAGGAGAUGAGAAUUCUCGAGGAGGAGGAAGAGGCUGUCAGAGUUAAAGAGGAUAAUGGCGAGAGUGAGGACGAGACCAAGAACGAUAUUCAGAAAUUGAUUUUGGAAGUUGAAAAACUUGUCAGUGAGGAGGGAAGGAAGGGAGUGUCGACCAAUCUCACUCCACUUAUUUUGAACGAUCAGGGACAGACCAACUACAGGGCCAAGUAUGCCAGGAUUAAGGAAUGGCUCAAACUCAAUUCCACUCAUAAUCUUGACGAGCGAUCCAACGCGCAGAACUGGCAACCACUGGACAGCUGUGACGCGAGUGGUGAAUACACGACUGGUGAGUCUGACGUUGAAAAGCAGUCAGUGUCCUCUGAGGAUCUUCACAGCAGUGUUGCGACAUAUCGUCGUUGUGAAGGUGGACUUGGCUGUGUGUCGCAGUCAGUAUCCCAGGAAAUAUACAAUGAUAAUGAAAAAACUAUCGCAAACGAGGGUAACAAUCAUGCUGAUGGCACACCAAAAGUUGUUAUGAGAACAAAGAGGAAGUCAGAUGGUAAACGUCCUUGGAGUGUUUCCUGUGUAUUUGGACAAUUGAAUACCAACAAUGACACUGCUAUUUCACAAUUUUCAAUUUCGGAAACGGCCCUUCAUCAAUUGGUCUCAUCAACACCGACAAAAGCAGUGUCCUUGGAUUCAACCAGCUCACGUGCACCUUUCAACAACUCCACAUCGACCUUGCUGGAGGAGAAUGGACGUGUGGUCCGAAACAGUUCAAUAAGGAAAAAGAAGAGUCGACUCCGUAAGAAGACUCUGAGUCGCAAGAGUGAAUCGGGCUCUGACUGUAUGAAUGCCAAUUACUCAGGUGGAAGUGACGCAAGUUCAACCCAGCAGCGUUCAAACGUGAGAAAAUCACUCGAAAAUCGUGGAAAAUGUGUACCAAAAAAUUGUCACAAGUGUAUUGUAUCGUACGUGACAUAUGGCUCAACAAUUUCAUGUUGUUUACAUCACGAAGGAGGUGAUAAAGGAAUUAUAACUGAUCCACCGCCGUCAAUAAAGCUCACCUGUUGUACACCCGAGCCAACAUCAUCGGCUGAUACAGAGGAGAUAAAUCGUGGGCGUGGAAAUUUCGAGGAAAAUUUAUUUGACAAUGUCUUCAAGAGAAACGAAGUUGUAAGUCCCAUCAAUGGGGACAGUGAUAUCGAAAAAAAUAGCAUUGAGAAUACAUCAUUUUCGGAACAAGCCUGGGAUAGCUAUCAGGAGAAAUACAUGAGUGAGCCCUACAGUGAGGCUGCGGAUGUCGAAACAGCGAGAAAACUUUUAGAAUUCGGUGAUGAUUAUCGAAAUUUUCUGGACAGCCAAUCGGACUGUGCCUCCAGUCUGGGGGCUGUUAGGAGUUGCUCAUCACCUAUCGCUGGCAGUCGACUUCCUUCCGAUUUGAGAGAUUCGUCGGAGGACAGCGACAGCGAUACAGAGGACCUUCGUAGAGUCAUUGAUAAGUCCUACAAAAAAUUACUAGUCAUGGAGAGCCACUUUGCUCGUGCCAAUGGCCUCAGGGCAACUAAAGACAAUAUGGAAUUGGAGUACGUGUGCAAGGAGAAUAUUCGAUGCCUGCAGGCGUUGAUAGAGCCAGACCGUCAGAGAGGUGAAAAGAGUGUGAAGCAAGUGUUAGGGUUAACCGAGAGAUGGGAGGAUUUGUCCCACAAAGUCGAGGAGGCACAGCGAGCCAGUGUCCUCCAGAGAGAAUUGGCUGCUAUGCACCUGGAGUUCAGAGGAGCUUAUGAAAGACUCACUUCGCACGAGGUCGUUCUUGAGCCGGAUCAUGUGUUAGCUAAGCGUAUCAAUCAGAUCACGAGUGAGCUUGCCACACUGAGGGAACGCAAAACCGCAAUGUUGGCCCUCAAUGUAUCAGCACACAGGUUGAUCACGGAUCUUGGAGCAGCUGCCACCUCAGUCUCCGUAUCCCUGAAGGAUGCCGUUGCUGAUUUGUACCGAGUGUGGGACGAGGCCUUCCAAAGGGGAAAUCAGCAGUUAUGUGCACUCCAGGCUGUCCAGCAAUUCCUCACUCGUCUUACUGAGCUUCAGAAUGCCCUCCAGAGGGACAAGGACACCCUGGCCGUACUGGAUGCAGCCCUGCAGGCUGGUGCAACAUCAGAAGUUGCCUCCUCGGUUCGAGACGUUGCCAGACUACUGUCGGAGAAACAGGAUGUAAACUCACAGAGUGCGUUGAACGAGGAAACCCUGAUCGAGGGUAUCACAAAACAAUUUCCCGAACCUGGUGUAAUGAGCCUCGGCCAAGAGGGUGGAACAUUCUCGGACAGUGGUAUAUCGGAUAGUGGAAGUGAGCAGGAAUUGAGCGAACGUGAGCGUAGACUAGCUGCACUACGUCGGCUCACCCGGAGCCUUGAGAGCCAAUUAGCCCCUGGCUCCGAUGCACUUAUGGGGCUGUGGAAGAGGGUGGAGGAUGCUGAGGCUGAAUUGAGGAGCCUUCAAAAGCAGUGUCGCGAACUGAUUGUCAGGACUGCUGCGAGUGUCGAGGCAAAAGUUGUCAAUCGAAAUACGCAAACGAAAUUUACAACGAGUAAACGUAAGAAACGAUUAUCCUCACCGAGCAGUGACUUCCUCCAGAAGUCAAAGCACAUUGUGGCAGGGGAUGAUCCAGACGAUGAUCCAAAUUUGCCAAAGAGCUGGGUCUGGAGAAUUCUCCGAGCGGCUUUGCCCUUUCAAUUGGCCAUCGUAGCCCUUCUCUGUGCCGCCUGCCUCCUGGAGCCCCAUUGCUGCGAGGCUGGCAACAGUCUCAACCUGUCCCUCACACCCCAACUUCGCUAUGUCCGAGGACCACCACCAGUUUAAGAUAAAUAAUUUCUCAACGUUCGCGAAAACGUUCAGAGAUUAUUUUCGACUGCCCAUGAGAGCCAGACGAACGAAAUUUUUUUCAGCAACUUCGACCGAUGAAAAGUGAUUGCCUUCGAUAUUCCUCGACGAUAAUCGAGUAAUUUUUUUCCCAUUUUUCACGUCUCAAUUGACCAAUUGACGACAUUCUGACACCAAGAGGUAAGUGAAAAAUGUUGUAACCGUGAAUUCUGAUACAAUUACACGCGUCAAGACUAUAUAUUUCACAAUAACCCGAGACUGAAUGUAACUGGGUUACAGUGUAUCUCAUACGAGAAUAUUAAUAUUUAUGAAUAUCGAUAUCAGAAUAUUUUUAUCAUUUUAUAAGAAUAGAUUGAUCAAGAGAAAAUUCAUAAAUAAUCAAAAUUAUUUUCGUACUCAUAUAUUCCAGUGAUCUGAGGAUCAACUAGACGAUUAUCAAUUUACAGACUUUUGGAUGAAAUUUGUGAACGUGAUCUUUUUUAUAUGAAUAUUUUUUACUGGAGUGUGCCAAUAAUUAGUGAAGCCUGGUGUGAUUUUCUUCAGACUGAUAUGAAAAUUCGGUUGAUAUUAUCGAAUCUCGAUUGAUACAACGCCCGUGUUUACCCCCCAAAUAUAUUAUUUCAAUCCAAAAUCGAAUGAACUUGUCUUAUUCACUGAAAUCCGCCAUUCAACUGAAUCCUUCGAUCCUAUUAACGAAUAUUGAGUUGUUCAAACCUCGUCAAUAUCAACCGAAUUUUUCUAUCAAACGCAAAUGCACUCGAUGGCCAUUUUUCUCAUUUAUUAUUUUUUUUAAUCAAUUUCUAUUUGUUAGAAAUACAGAGUUUUUACGUUACGUUGCAUGCUGUACCAUAAAUCGAGUGAUUACUCUGAUGUCGAUAGUAUCUCACGACAUCAGAUAUAUUAUUUUUACCGGAUUUUUCUAUAAAUCCAUACAACAGAGUGUUUAUUAUGAUUAUUUAUGUAACAGUUAGAGAGAGACUGUAUAUAUUUGCCAUUAAGUGGUAACGUUCAAGAGAAAUAUGGAAAAAUUGAAUGGUACGUAUGAAAAAAUAUUGUACUUCGGAGGAUGUGUUACUUUAACAAUUUUACAAAUCAAUUUUUAUUCAGAAUCACUACCAAGUGCCCAGUAAAAACGUCCAAUAUUUAGGAUCCCACAAUAUUUAUAAUAUUAUGAUGAUUCUUUCACGUGACUAGUCAUUGGACAAUUUGUAUAUUCGAUAUUGUUCCAGCUAUUAUUAUUAUUAUUUUUUUUUGCAAUACGUCAGAUAUAUCAAAGUGCCUUGAGGAUGGAAAGUAAGGAAAGCGAAAAAAUGAGUGACUAAUAAGGAGAUGAAGUCCUUGAAAGAGAAAUUAUAGUCUCACUGACUCAUCUCCUCAUUCAAAACUAAAUCACGAAUUUCGAUGAAUGAGAAUUUGUCCUUUGGCUACCACCUGUAUCAAUAGAGUUGAGAUCCUCCAAUAUUUUUAUUCAGUCGAGGGUCUCUUGAAAAUUUAAGGGACAAACUUCGAGGAUAGUGUAAAAUAAAAAUAUUUAAUACAUAGUAUCUUUCGUUAUAAAACGAGAGCAGUUCGGGGAGUGAGAUCGAACGAUGUACUUAUGCAUCAGCACAAUCGAAAGUGUAACUUAAUAGCACCUAAAAAAUUAGAGAAGGUGGGAAAAAUUAAAGGAAAAUAGAGAAAAAAAAAUAGAGAAAAAGGAGCUAUGAUUACAAUCGAUUGAGACUUUGGUGGAAGAACUAGUGCCUGAGAAAUAUCCCUCCCCCCCACUGCUCGAAAAUGAAAAAUGUAUUUUAAAGAGUAUUUGACAUUCAAGACAGCCUUAGUGCAUUAUCAUGCAAAGUAUAUAGCAUUUACUUGAGGUAUAUAAAAAUGAGACAUAGAAGAUUUUUUGGUGAUCUACUGCCUUAAAUUAACAUCAUGAUAAUGUGUAUAAAGUACCUGAACAUAAACACUAUUCAUCCACGUUAUAUUAGUUCAUUAAUAUGGAAUGAAUAAUAUUAAUUAUAUUUGUACUCCGAUUUUGAAUGGAACGAUUGCAAUGACCAUUUGUAAAAUGUAUUUUAACCUGAGCUUUGCAAUCAGUUCGUAAAUAAUACUGUGCUGAAUAAUCUAGAAUAUUUUGCAUGCAUUUUUCACUGUUCAAUAAAAUUAAAAAUGAGUGAAAAAAAAACGAAGAAAAUAAAAAAAAAAUAUUAUCAGAUGCUUAUGUAUCACUAGGGAGUAAUCCGUCUUAGGAAUCAGGAGAUUUGCAUUGUAGAAUUUUUUUUAAGCUCAGCAUUUGUAUCGAUCGAGAGGACGAUUGUAGCUUUUAUUGUAAGAAAUAAAUUUACUUCCAUUUCAUGUGGUAACAGAAAGAUGAACCUGAAUAUUGAGAAGGGGAACAUUUUUUAAAAUAAAUUAUCUUUUUUACUCAAACCUGAACAAGGCCCAAUUGCUCAAAACAGCCCCGGGGGAUUCAAUACGAUUUUUUGGUCCCUGAGUUAUAUUCAUCGUCAGUGUCAUAGAUCAUUCGACGUAUUUGUAACGUUCCAACAAUUAUUUUAACACAGUUCUGUACUAACAAAUGUACUGGUUAAGUAUUCCCAUUGAAUACGCAGUUGUACUUUGGAAUUUUUGGAAAAUAAAGUUAAAUGGAUUUUUCUUCCGGAA